AUGCUUAGCAAAACUGAUGAAGAAUUGGUAGAUUUAAAUGAAGAGGACGCGACCAUGAUCGACGCUCAAGAGCUUUUAGACGAGGAAGUUCAAGACGCGGAGGACGAAAACCAAAGUUCCGAGACCGCGUUUGAAAACAAAAUAGCGAUCGUGCAGGAGCGUCGGGACUGGCUUAAAGCUUCGAUGGACCGAACUACUGAUCCCGAAAAAAAGCGAUGGUUCAGGACUCUGCUCGAAAAACCUGAGGAGGACCUAUUUGAAUUAGAUGAUUCUUAUUUCACGGAAUCCAACCCUCGAGAUGGGGCGGAAGAACAAGGCCCGAAUGACAGAAAUCAAAGUUCUGAGCAAGGCCAGGAUACGAGAGGAAACAACAAUGAGCAACCAAACAACAAUACAAGCGUUGGAACCGGACUUAAUCGUGGCCAACCCGGGCAUGUUAAGAACGAACUUUCGCCCAGUGGAAAAGAAGGAAAUGGCUUGAAACAAGCAACCUUUGACAACGAUGACAAGCCAUUGGUUCCCUUUCCCGGAAGCGCUGCGGAUGGAAAAGUCAAGACUGUAGGGUGGCUCGGUGGCCGGAGUGCUAGAUAUAUCAACAUGUAUGGCAGUAAAAGCGCACCGAGGUAUCGCAUUGAGGAGUACUGCUAUCCCCCUAGGUACGAGGAUGAGAAACACACGACAUAUCAAAAACAGAAUAGUUCCUACCGGGAGAACAGGUAUGGAGAGAGCAUGGAAAACGGUAAAUACAAAUACACCGGACGUAAUAUGCUUGGGAUUUUCGGGGUUGCCUGGACACCUAAUUCCCCGAACGAACUGGAGACAAUUGACCCGCAGCGGAAAAAAGAAUCUCAUGCGAAAUGGAAUACUACUUAUGUUCUCGUUAAGUGGAAAAUUGAUGGGAAAGAGAUAAAGUCUUGGGAGACGCGAACCUGUAUUCGACGAUUGUGGAAAAGGAAAGAGAUAGCGGAUCAGGCUAUCUACGAUGCGGCGCUUGAGGCCGAAAACAGAUAUAGGAUAGAAGACGGCUUGGGGCGUUUCAGCAGCCGGUCGCCGUCUGUCGGCCUUAUCCACGAUAGAGUUGAGCAGAGACGGGCAGAAUCCCUAAAUCCGGUCUCACCAGCUCAGGAGCGCGUUGAAGCAGCAAGUCAGACGGCCAAUCCCACUCCGGCAAAUGCUUCGAUCGCCCGACUUCUUGCAAUGCCCCCGGCUUCCGGAGAACUGAUUCCCAUAUUCAACCAGUUCCUCAACUUCAUGCAGUCCGCUCAGGCCUCUACCCCGGCUGCGCUACCCAUGUAA